AUGUCGAACGAAUUUGAUGAUACAAAUGUUGAACAAGUUGCUGAUGGAAUUAAAGGAGAAAAGGCAAAAACAAGAAAAGGAAAUUUAAUUUUAAAAAAAAGAGAAGGAGAAUAUCAAGAAAACUCAAAAAAUUGUUUAUUUAUAUGUAGUAAUAAAAGAACAGAAACAUUAAAAAAUUUAAUGCAUGAUAUAUAUAUAAUUCAAAAACCAUAUACAUGUUAUAUGCCUAAAUUACAUCCACAAUUAGUAAAUAUUUCUGAUAAAAUUAAUAAACUUGUCGAAAUAUGUAUUCAUAAUACAUGCUCAUUUUUCUUUUCAAUAUAUUCAACAAAAAGAAAUCCAUCCAGAUUUAUUUUAGGUCGUUUAUAUAAUAAUCAAAUUUUAGAUUACUAUACAUUUAAUCUUCUUUCUUUUAUACCAAUGAAUAUAUUUCCAUCAUCAAAAGAAGUUUUAUUUAACACAAAACCUAUUGUAUUAAUACAAGGCUUAUAUUUUAAUAUGAACGAAAAUACAAAAUAUUUAAAAAAUAUUCUUUUUGAUUUUUUUAAACAUAAAAAUGUAGAUUCUUUUUCCAAAAAUAGCUUACAAAGAUUAAUUGUCAUAACUGCUUUUGAAGAUCAACCCAAAUCUUCGUCUCAAAAUUUUGUCAAAACGUCGGACCCGAACGGAGAGGCCGAAAAACAGGAAGAAAUUGGGGCGAAUGAAAAAAAUGGGGCGGAGGAAAAAAAUGAGCCGAAUGAAGAAAGUGGGGCGAAGGAACACAAAAGAGGCAAAAGCAAAUACGUUAUGUCGUUUAGGCAAUACAUUUUUAAAAAAGAAACUUAUCAAAAUGAAACAGAAAAUGAUAAUCCUAAAUUAGAAGAAGUAGGACCCCGAUUUGAGUUUACAUUAGAAUCAUCACAGAUACCAAAUUAUAAUUUAUUCCAAGAAGCAAUAAAAAAACAUGAUAUACAUCCAAAGAAAAAAGAAAAAAAAAUUAAAACUGAUGAAUUGGGUCAUGACAUUAAAAGAGUUUAUGUUCAGAAACAAAACUUUAAUAAGCUACACACAAAACAUUCGAAUUUUUUUAAAAAAUCAAAAAAGUUUGGAAAAAAAAAUAAAGGGGCCACCCAAUAA